CAAUACUUAAAUGCAAAUACCACAGCGAGCCUGGGUUUAGUGUUGACCGAAGUUACGUUGCAGAAGCAUAGAAGUUGCAGACGUGAAAUAGUCAAGUUGUGCGCUCAAGUUGGUUGUGAACAAGAAAGAUAGAAUACUCAGCUACAAUGUCGAAUAAAGUUCUUUUUGUGUUCGUGAUUUGCAUUGCAAUCUGCUACGCCCAGAACAAAGGCUCUAGCAGUACCGGUGUUUCAGAUUCCCAGCUCGAAGAAGCCCUUUCAGAUAAAAGAUACUUAAUGCGGCAGUUAAAGUGCGCUAUUGGUGAAGCCCCGUGUGACCCAGUCGGAAAGCGUUUGAAGAGCUUAGCCCCAUUCGUGCUGCGCGGUACAUGCCCUAGGUGCACGCCUGAAGAGCAAAAACAGAUCCAGAAAACUUUGUUGUACGUCCAAAAGAAUUACCCUAAAGAGUGGAAUCGUCUCCUACAAACGUACACAGGUUGAAUAGAUUCAUCAAUUAAGUAAUAAGUGAACUAUCUUUUUAUUUAUUUAAUCUUUUUGAUACGAUUUCGUAGUGUCUUAAUUAUUUUUAGUACUUAUUGUGUACGUAACAUUCGCAUGCUUUUUUACGCAAUAUUCAGUGCAUUUCUUGAAUAAUAAAAAAUUAUGUAAUAAACGUGUA